GCGCGCCCCCAGCGCGGCCGGGGCCGGUACCGGGGGGAGCGGGGCCGGGACGGGGCGCCCGCGCUGCCGCCGCUGAGCAGGGGCCGCCCCGCGCGGCCCUGAUAUACACACAUACAUACAUACAUACAUACAUAUAUAUAUAUAUAUUUAUAUAAAGAGGGACCGGGCGGCGGCGAGGCCGCGGGGCACCUCCCGGCAGCGGUCCCGGGCUCGGGCAUGGCCGCGGGGCCAUGACGGGCGCGGCGGGCGGCGGCGGCGGCCGCGGGAGCAGCCGCCGUGCGGCGGCCGGCAAGGAGGGGGGCCGGUCGCGGAGCGCCCAGCCGCGGGCGGCGGGCGGCGGCGGGAGCGGCAGCGGCGGGGGCUCGGAGGAGGAGGAGCAGGAGCAGCAGCGGGACGGCGGGUCGCUCUUCCUGGUGAACAAGAGCGGCUUCCCCAUGGACGGGCAGACCUGGGAGCGGAUGUGGGGGCACGUGGAGCGGGUGCAUCCCGACGGCGGCGCCGUAGCCGCGGCCAUCCGGAGCGCCGCCCGCCUGGCUCGGCCCUCAGUGCCACCUGUGCCAAACUACAAGCUCUCCAUGUCAAUCCCAGAAUGGCUUCAGGCAAUACAGACCUACAUGAAGAUGCUGCAAUAUAAUCACACAGGAACCCAGUUCUUCGAGAUCAGAAAAAGCAGACCUCUAAGUGGGUUAAUGGAGACAGCAAGAGAAAUGACCAGGGAGUCCUUACCUAUCAAAUGCCUUGAAGCAGUUAUCCUGGGGAUAUACUUAACGAACGGGCAGCCCUCUGUGGAACGAUUCCCCAUCAGCUUUAAAACCCACUUCUCAGGGAACUAUUUUCAUCAUGUGGUGCUUGGGAUUUACUGCAACGGCCGGUACGGCUCACUGGGCAUGAGCAGACGAUCAGAUCUGAUGGACAAACCUCUAACUUACCGAACUCUGAGCGACCUCAUCUUUGAAUUUGAAGACUCCUAUAAAAAGUACUUACAUUCAGUCAAAAAAGUAAAAAUUGGAUUAUACGUCCCGCACGAGCCGCACAGCUUUCAGCCCAUCGAGUGGAAACAGCUGGUCCUCAAUGUAUCCAAAAUGAUGCGCACAGAAGUCAGAAAGGAGCUGGAGAAGUUUGCCAGGGAUAUGAGGAUGAAGAUUCUGAAACCCUCAAGUGCCCAUUCUCCGAUGAAAGAGAGAUCACGGGGUAAGUCGCUGUCCCCUCGUCGAAGGCAAGCGAGCCCUCAGAGACGGGCAUGCAGAAGAGAUAAAUCGCCUGCGGUGGUGGACAAGAAGGGAGACCUGGCGACACUCAACGAGGUGGGCUACCAGCUCCGCAUCUAACAAAGCCAUACUGGACAGAGGGCUUCCUGCUGCUUCCCACUGCACUUUACCUGCACUCCGUUGGAAAGGAAAAGGAAUGGACUAUUUAUUAACUUAUGUACUCCCACAAUAAAAGUUUUACCUAGAAAAUAGAAGGGGGGGAUUUUUUUUUUGGUGGCAGUAUUUAUUUCAAUUUAUAGAAAAGGCAUCAGCAAAGGGAACCUAAAAUUAGGUUUGCCAGGAUAGGAGAUUUUUCUUCCCCUCCCAUCAUGUAGCAGGUGACUCUGUGGUGUGAGUUUCUUCAAAUAUCAUUUCCCUGUACAAGUGUUAAUUGAACUUGGCACUGUGCUGGGUAGUAGCAUUGGAAUAACUAAGGAAUCUUAGUUUUAAGAUGUGCUGGGGUGCAGUGCAGUUAAAAGAAAAAUCAUAUUCAGUAUUAAUCUUUAAUUCAGCAAUAAAAGUAAGCAGUGCAGAAGUGGCAUAAGUUUUUAAAGUAUCAACAUUACCUCACUAGACUUAAUAGAUAUGCAAAACUGUCAGUAUUAUUGUUUUCUCACUAAUUUGUACUGUCUCCCAGCAUUUCUGGUAGUAUUAAAACAGCACUGGAUAUUUUACUGCCACCUGUAUUAUUUUCUGCAUGUUGCUGAAAGAUGUUAAGUAAUAGUAAUAUGCAAGUGUAUUCUUAAUACUGACAUCUUAUUAGGCAAGAUAUGAGGUUUUGGGUUUUUUAAACGAUGACAAUUGAUGAAUAAUGGAUUUUUAAACUUUCAUAAUUUUUUUUAUACUUUUGUCACAAGCUUUUAGUCUUUCCUGACUACACUGCUAAAGCACAAAACGUAGAGAUUGCUGUUUUGGAGAGACAAGUGUUCACCUAUUAGUCAGUUUUUUUCUCAUAUAUGUACCUGGAAUAAUGGAAAAACUGUCAGAAUUGCUAACCUGAGUCUCUGUGCUUUUCUUUCCACAUUUGUGUGUAAAUUUGAACCUUGUCUUUGAAAGGCUGAGCAGUCUCCAGUGGUGAUGCUUUGUCAUCUUACAGUCAAUCAGAAAUGGCAGGCUGAAGUUAACCUUCUGCUGUGCUGCUGUAAGGGGGUUUUCCUACAUGUGCUGUAGGUCUCACUGCUUAGUGAAACCUGAAUAAGGAAGUGUGCCCGAAAUAGCUGCAAAUCAAGCUUUUCUGCUUCUUUCCAACUCAAUCCUUUUGUUCUAAGACUUGGCUAAGGACCUGUGACCGACAGCAGCGUUCUCAAGUGACAUGGUAAGACUUACUGGGGUUCACCAUUCACAUUAGUGAAGUUCUCUGGAACCAUUCGAGUGCUGCAUUCCUGGAAAUAUUUCAUUAGGUGCCUAAACAUAAACUGGAUUAUUGUGCAAGUCCAGCCUCUACCCUUUGUGCUGUGCUUAUAGAUGAUACUGCCAUGGGCCUUGUGUACCUCCACUCCUGGGCACGUGCUUUUUGGGAUCUCAGUGAAGACAGGACGUUGUAACAGACCAUGAUGCUUAUUCAAAUGGAAUGAUUUAAGCUCCUAGAACACUUGUAUCAGCCAGCAAAUGAAUGAACACAGAAGGAGACAAUUGCUUGUACACAAACCUCAUUGCCCAAAAAAGUCAAUGAAUUUCACCUGCCUAGGACAGGAAGAAAACACCAGGACCCUGCAACCUUCUACAACCAGUGAAAGGCUUUGUACCACUUAGACUUCAGAAGGUCAAAGAAGAAAACUUUUCAAAUGUAUGACUCUUCUUUAUCCAAGUUUACCAUAUCAAUUACAGGGAGGCCUUUCCCAUCCCUCUUUCUGUAAACUUUUCCACUCCCGUGUUCACAAUAGGGAUUUUUUUUAGUUAAUGAGUGAAUUUGAAGAGAGGGAAAUACUCUUUUAGUAGAAAUUAUUGUGUAAUUUGACAUCAGCUGCAGAGUUUCAGUUUUAAACUUUGUGCUGCCCAGUGUCUUGCGACCUAAACAAUGUUUUUUUCAUGUAUUCCUUAGAAUUUCUCAUGCAUAAAAUGACGUGGAAAAACUUUUGAUCAGCUGUAUCCUAUAGCACAAGAUUAUCUGAUAUGUGGCAAGUUUUUUCUAUGAAACCAUGGUUUACUUCAGCUCAAGUAAUGUCUGUAUACAGUUUUUACUAUUGUCCAGCACAAUUUAUUUUCUUUUAACUUACACUGAAGCUUUUUAAUGCUGUAGAGGUGUUUGACAAAGUGCUUUUGGUUCUUGUUUUGAUGUUCAGCUGAAAUAUUCUCUUGAAAUUUGCUUAUGAUGCCAUUUGUCUUAAGUGUGGUCCAAGUGACAGCAAAGUGGUCAAAUAGUGUAGAAAACAUGCAUGACUCUUUGGGCUUUUUUUCAUCACUUGUAUAUGCACAGCAUGAAACUUCAAUAAAAAUAUCAUUGUAGUCUUUUUUUUUUAA